UUUUGUUUGACAAUCGCGCGGAACUUUCACCCGCAUUCUGAUGCCGCGACGGUUCCUUAUGGGAUUAUUAUUGAUUGUACCCGGGAAGAGGGAGCAAAUGGGGCAGUGAUGGCGGGGAUGUCCUGUGCCUGGUUCUAAUAAUAGAAGAUCUGCUUAUUAUUGCAUCGGCAGGAUCGGAUAGUUACAACAAGAAGAUUGCAGAAGAGUGGGAUAAAGAGAUCGUCGUCGCAUUUGGAGCCAUGCCAUGUUGCAGCUACACCAGGCCUGUGGGCAAACAAUUCCAGCCGAACAGCCAGAGCUAUCUAGUUACCCAUUAGCGAUGACUAACGUUUGCUGUGGGCUUGGUAAGAAGCUAAGGAAUGCUCCUUCGUCACCGCCCAGCUUCUUUUAAGGCUGGGAGGAAUGGAAAGUUUGUGCCGUGGCUAUAUUUACACACGUUUGUAUGCGGCUAUAUAUCGCUGGGGCCAGUAGUAACAAGCGCGAUCUCAGCUUGUGGGUUCACCACCGUGGGAGGAUGCGCCUAAGCCACUCCCACUCCUCUUUAGAGGCUAGGCUUGCCAUGUCAAUGAGCGCAGCUGUCGAGCCAACCAGCAGUGUGGGGGACUGAUGUUAGCUGAGUUGAGCUUCGAGCACAGAAAGGAGCGAAAUUUUGUAUAAAUAUGCCUCCUCCUCCGGCCUCGAGAAUGGUUGUUUUCCCCUUUCAUCUCAUCAUCACUCCUCCAAUAACAGAUAACUUUGCCUGAAAUCUAUAAACCAAACCAAUCGCUCCAAUUCUAAACCAGCAAGAAUCGUUUAUUUGAAACAAUAACCCUCUUGAUACUAUCCUCCUCUUCCACGCAAAUCCACAACCGCCAACAUGCAUUUCCUCCAAGCAACCACAUUUUUCCUGGCCGCUUUGAGCAUGCAGUCCGUCUCCGCCUCCCCAACCAGAAAUUCUUAUCCCGUCUCCUCAGAAUGCCCAAUUGCCCGAAACGCCUGCAAACCCGGCGAGAGCGGAGUCCUACGCAUUCCCGAGAUGCGCGCCAUCCUCAAUGGCCAACGCAGCGAGAAGAUCGGACAUAACAUCAUCCUCAGCAAAUCCGGCGACAAGAAACAGGAUCAGGAAAUGACCUUCCACGUCCCCAAGGGUGCCAAGACGUGCAACCUCAAGUGGGACCAAGGCGAAAAAAGAAAAUUCAUCGUUCAGGAUUCUGGAUUAGCCAAGAUCUACCCGGUAGAACCCGCUGGGGCGGAGAGCGUUGGCGCUGCCGAUUUCACCAACUGGCCGCAGGUCAAGGGCGCCCAGUCGCACAGAGUCACUUCGAUGGAUUGCAAGGAAGUGCUGACCUUGCGUUCUUCUCUGGAACAUGAUGGGGUUGUGAAGAUGAAGCAGGAUGCUACUAAUGGCUGGUAUUUGGAGUACUCCUGCUAAGCGGCAUAUUCGCUUAAUCUAUAAGUGACGACAGGGAAUGACUGUGCUUUUCUCUUUCUUGUGUAUUCUGUUCUCGUUUGGUUUGAGUUUCUUUCUCCGAAUCGAUUGUUCUGUUUCAUUGAUUUUUGUAUGCCUCUAUUUGUCUUGUCGGUGUUGUUUGAGCGAACAUUAUAUAGAGAUCAUCUAAACACCUGGUUAGCGAGAGUAUUAAUGUUAAUGUGACAAUAAAAAUGCCCCCAAAUAGCAAUGUUUCCUCAUUGUACAGUGCAUACCUUCAAUAUAGCCAGCGGUCAGAAAUAUACUAUUGUG